AUCAUUAACCUGUUUUCACUCAAAUCAUCCAUCUACCUUCUCUCUGUAACAAUCCUCUCUUCCCUCUAAGGUUUCUAUUUGAAUUUUUACUUUGAUCAUUUGCUUGAAAAGUUUCAAGUUGCUGUCUUCUCUGUGCUUGCUAGUUGUGUUUGGUUUUAAUUCAAUGAUCAUGGCUUUUAUUUUGCUUUAUCUUGUAUUACUGUAUAUAUUCAAAUGCUGAUUCUUGGAUUUGUAGUCAAAUUGGAACACUGUUGAGAGUCAGAAUAUGAUCUUAUCUCUGUUUUUUCAAUGUGCAAAAUAGUUUCUGAAAAAUCGGUGAAACAACAGAGGAAGCAAUAUGGCACUUACUUGGACUCAUAAAGACAGGGGAGAAAUUAGGGUUCAUGAGAAUUUGGAGGAACUAAGCAUAGACUUGGUUGAUUAUAUAGCUGAGAUAUCAGAAGCAUCAAUUAAAGAACAUGGUGCUUUCUGCAUUGUGUUAUCAGGAGGCUCUCUCAUUAGCUUCAUGGGAAAAUUGAUCGAGCCGCCUUACGACAAGAUUGUAGAUUGGGCGAAAUGGUAUGUUUUCUGGGCGGAUGAGCGUGUGGUAGCUAAGAAUCAUGACGAUAGCAACUACAAGCUAGCCAAAGAUAAUUUACUCUCCAAGGUAAAUGUGUUUCCGAGACAUAUAUGUUCCAUUAACGACACAGUUUCAGCGGAGGAAGCUGCAACAGAGUAUGAAUUCGCCAUCAGACAGAUGGUGAGAUCACGAACCGUGGCUGCGUCAGACAACAGUGACAGUCCCAGGUUUGAUCUGAUCUUGCUUGGGAUGGGCUCAGAUGGACAUGUAGCCUCACUCUUCCCGAACCACCCAGCACUUGAGGUGAAGGACGAUUGGGUCACAUUCCUAACCGACUCUCAUAAACCGCCACCAGAGAGAAUCACAUUCACUUUGCCCGUCAUCAACUCAGCUGCUAACGUUGUCGUAGUAGCAACCGGCGAAUCCAAAGCCAAUGCUAUCCACUUAGCAAUCGAUGAUUUGCCCUUACCAGACAGCUCUCUGUCUCUGCCUGCAAGGCUAGUCCACCCGAGCAAUGGGAAUCUGAUUUGGUUUAUGGAUAAACAAGCGGGGUCUAAGCUUGACAGGUUUAAAUUUUCCGAGUAG